UUCCCACGGUGAAGUAAGUAUUUCUUGUCGAAUUUAUCCUUCCUGCGACUGGACUGAGUGUCGACUCACCUCGCCUCUCUGUAGGUCCAAGAAGAAGACCUUGGCGAAGCCGCCCGCGGCCGGGGUGGCGGCCACGAGGGCGGCCGAGGCAAAGAAGAAAGCCGCGGAGAGGAAGGCGGCGCCGUCCGACCUUGGGGGUGCGGGGUCGGCUCCAGAAGAGCCCGCCGCCGGGAGUCAAGCGGAGAAGGAGAGCAUUAGCCACGUCGAGCCCACCGCCAACGUUUUUCCUCUACCCAGCAUGGCUCGCGGGGGCAUGGCGAGUGCGGCGACGGGUCCGGACGUUGCUCCGCCUGUGGUGGAGGAGGAGUCGACUGACAUUGGAUCGACCGAGGGGCAGAAGGCACCCGAAGUUGAAGAGGACAUCGUCGAGGAGGGCGGCCUGUCGGAGCCACUGAAAGAGCGCCGGUCCAAGGCCGCCAGGGACCGCGCCCCGCCCAGUGACACCGACACGCGGACGGGCGAGGUUCCGUCGACUGAGGCGGUGAUGCGAGCGGACGGGGCGACCGAGUCGCGUCAUCCGCCGCCGUCUUCAUUGACCUUCACUGAGCUCCACACGGCGCUUGGCGAGGCGCAUGUGGCGGAGAUUAAGCGGCUGACCGCGCUUGUGGAGGAGGCGGCGCGAAGAACCGGAAGCUGA